AGUUAUCUAGCUAUCGUCUCUGCACUCACACUGCACAAAGAUGUUUCCCAGUAGUGUAAAUAUGCGGGAGCAAAAUAAUAUCAUAAUAAUAUCAAUAGCCAUGACCAUCCUCCUACUCGUUGUGUUCUUCUGUCGGAUGUUGGGUAACAUGGCGGGCAAGAACAAGAGGAAGAAGCAACCUAAGCUACCACCCGGGCCAGCUACUAUGCCGGUGUUGGGUAACAUUCACCAGAUUCUGAUGAACAAGCCGGUGUUCAGGUGGAUCCACCGCCUUCUCGACGAGAUGGACACCGAGAUCCUGUGCCUCCGUCUCGGCAGCGUCCAUGUGAUCGCCAUCGCCUCACCGGAGAUGGCCCGGGAGGCCCUGCGCAGGAACGAUGCCGUGCUGACUUCCCGGCCGGUAUCGUUCGCGUGGCGGGCGUUCAGCUUUGGGUACAAGAACACCGUUGGGUCGACGGGCGAUCAGUGGAAGAAAAUGAGGCGGAUGCUCGCGUCGGAGAUCCUCUCAUCGGCCAUGGAGCGGCGAAUGCUUGGCCAGCGCGUCGAGGAGGCUGACCACCUUGUCAAUUACAUCUACAGGAACUGUAAUAAUGGCACUGUAGACAUCCGGCACGUAACGAGACACUUCUGUGGCAACAUCAUCAGGAAGCUGGUGUUUGGCCGGAGACACUUCGCCUUCGGCGCUGGCAAUAUCGGCCCUGGCCGUGAUGAGGAGGCCCACAUUGACGCGCUCUUCACGGCGCUAGACUACCUCGGCGCAUUCUCCAUCUCCGACUACUUCCCGUCGUUGGUUCUCAAUGGCCUGAUGAGUACAUUCAGACGGCUGCAUGAUCCAAUCAUAAUGGAGAGGAUGGAAGAAUGGAGGGCUCCCAGGAGAAAUGGUGAUGAGAGGAGAGAAGUUGCCGAUUUUCUGGAUGUGUUGAUCUCCUUGGACGAUGCACAGGGAAAACCGUUGUUGUCACUUGAUGAGGUCAAGGCAGAAACGCUGGAAAUAAUCCUUAAUUCGGUAGACAACCCAUCAAAUGCUGUAGAGUGGGCACUGGCAGAGAUGGUGAACAAUCCAAAGGUCAUGAAGAAAGCAGUAGAUGAACUCGAUAUGGUUGUCGGUAAAGAAAGGCUUGUCGAGGAAUCCGACAUUCACAGCCUCACAUACCUCAAGGCGUGUAUCCGGGAGGCGUUCCGCAUCCACCCCUACCACCCAUUCAACCCUUCCCAUGUCGCGAUCGCUAACAUCACCAUCGCUGGAUUCAUGAUCCCAAAGGGUAGCCAUAUCAUUUUAAGCCGAAUUGGGCUUGGUCGAAACCCUAGAGCACGGGAUAACCCACUCGAAUUCCGACCAGAGCGACAUUUGAAGAAUACUGAUAAUGUGGUGCUAGCUGAGCCAGAGUUACGGUUUUUAUCAUUCAGUGCUGGUAGGCGUGGCUGCCCCGCCGUAUCACUCGGAACUUCAAUUACAAUGAUGCUUUGGGCCGAAAAACUCAAUACUGAUGUAAUAAAAAAACAUAUUUGUAAUUAAAAAAUAUUUACAAAUAGGUCCUUGGCGCCAAUAACGCUGGCACUGAGGAACUAUUUGUAAAUAUUUUACAAAUAAAACCAUUUUUAUUACAAAUAGGUCUUGUUAAAUAAAUUUACAAAUAGGUCCUCAGUGCCAACGAUAUUUGCGUCGUCCCACAUCACAUUAGUGACUUAGAUUCCAUCCAGGGGUGGAGGGGAUGGUGUCAACUUCAUUGGUGUUGUUCCGUUAGAUCACGGCGCCAAUGACGUUGGCGUUACGGAAAGGGCCAUUUAUAGAAUAAAUUUUGGAGUGUAUAUUUGUAAAAUAA